ACAAUUUGCUCCGAGGGAACGUUCGACCCCUGUUCAUGGUGCUUCGAAACACCAGAGAGAUUCGCGGAUGAACACUACUCUUUCGCGAGAACAAAUUGCUACGCGUCAAGCAGUACCAUGUGACCUCCCAAAGUUCAAUGGGAAUCCCGAAGAUUGGCCGAUGUUCAUAUCAACUGUUACACGCAUACACAACUGCUUUCGCCGCCCUUCGUGGAAAGAAAAGGAGGCCUGGCCGUCGCUCUUCGAUUCUGAUGAUGAGGAAAGUUCAACAAUACAAGAGCUUACCCGGCAAGUUCAGAUACACCUCCCACCUGCUCUACCUUUCCUGGCGGCAGUGACCUUGAUCCGGCAAAUCGUUUUGUUACUUCCUUACCCUUCCGGCGCCGCUGUUCCAUCUUUUCUCCUGCUGCUCUGAUCAUUACUCAAAUUU